AUGUACCUUAUUAAAGUUGAUAUUUAUGAAGAAGGAGGUCAAAUUUCCAUCUUUAAUAACGGAAAGGAAUCCCUAUUGAAUGCACAAGGACGAAAAUUCUAUAUGUUUUUUACAUCUUCAAAUUAUGAUGAUAAGGAAAAGAAAGUUUCUGGUGGUCGUAAUGGUUUCGGUGCUAAAUUAGCAAACAUAUACAGUACUGAGUUCAUUUUGGAACAGUUUCAACAAAAAAUAUCGCCAAACUUUCAGGAACCAUACGAACAACCAAUUCUCACUACUUGUUCCAAAAAUGCCGGUGAUUAA